ACCCGAUCAUAAAUCAUGGUUUGAUCAUCCAAAAAUUCUUCUUUCUUCCUUACUACAAUCAUUAUUCUGAAAACAAAACCAAACCAUUCAAAAUGAUGUACAAAAUUUUGUGUCUUUCAUUGUUGGUCGCAGCCGUUGCCGCUGAUCAAGUCGAUGUCAAAGAUUGUGCCAAUCAUGAAAUCAAAAAAGUUUUGGUACCAGGAUGCCAUGGUUCAGAACCAUGUAUCAUUCAUCGUGGUAAACCAUUCCAAUUGGAAGCUUUAUUCGAAGCCAAUCAAAACUCAAAAACAGCUAAAAUUGAAAUCAAAGCUUCAAUCGAUGGUUUAGAAGUUGAUGUUCCCGGUAUCGAUCCAAAUGCAUGCCAUUAUAUGAAAUGUCCAUUGGUUAAAGGACAACAAUAUGAUAUUAAAUAUACAUGGAAUGUUCCAAAAAUUGCACCAAAAUCUGAAAAUGUUGUCGUCACUGUCAAAGUUUUGGGUGAUAAUGGUGUUUUGGCCUGUGCUAUUGCUACUCAUGCUAAAAUCCGCGAUUAAAUCAAACAAAAUUUAUUGAUUUUGUAAUCACAAAUCAUUGAUUUUCUUUCAAAAAAAAAAAUAAAUAAAAUUUUGAAAUAAAAAUUUUUACUUUUUUAA